AUGAUGCAAUUCCAACGGAAGCGCAGAAAGCUCGAUCUAAAGAUCAGGCCACCGGAGGAUAGGCCCGUUGUUGGAUACCACCAGAUAGGGUCUCAGGACCUCGGAUUUGUCGAUAAAGAGGUUCAGCAGACUUACAAUUAUCGUCGUCUUGAGCCGGGACAUCAGGCAAGAACUUCAGAACGAGGAUCGCUACGGGCUCUUUGCUCGAGCAAAAUCGCUUACUCUGCAGAUUCGCUCUCUAGAAACCAUAUAGACGCUACAAGUGCAAACUGGAGUGUAUGGAAGUCGGUAUGGAACUAUAUCUUAAAGUACGAAAAGGAUUCGCCAGCUAUUUUCAACCUGUUUGCCGGCUACUUCUCGAACGAGCCGGACUUUGUCGCGCAUUUGAUUCCAGCCAGUUGGAGAAAGCUUGACAACUAUAAACGCGGAGUGUUUGUGGAACUGAACUCGAUCAACCGCAAACACAGAAUGGAAACGUUCUACCCGCAUGUUUCGCUCGACUUGCUUUUUUGCGAUCUUGAGCACUGCAAGUUCAAUAACCUGUUGAUUCUCAGUCUUCAGGGUAUUGAUCUCUCUCAGAGACCGUUUGUGCUCAACAAGCUUUCCAACCUGAGAUACUUGAACGUUUCUCACUCCAAUGUUUCCGACCAGAUGGUCAAAACCUGGAGUAUUAGCAUGAAAGACGGCAACGUAAGGAACUUGAAAUGUCUUAUUCUGAGCUCCAAUCCAGUGCAAUCAAUCGACUGUCUACUUCAAACAUCACUGACAUACAUUGAGACGAAUAUCAAUAUACAGGACGACCAUUGGCGGCCGGCCACAGAUUCCAACUUGGCCGUGCUACCGGACGGUCUCAAGUUUCAGAGAUUAGCGGAAAUCGAAAACGGGAGCAUAAUAUUAGACUACAAAGUGGCCACAACCAACUCCGAGCGAUCUGUGGAGACGCUAUGGAAAAACAGGUUCCAGGGACCGACUCCCGACAGAAACGUCUUCCGAUUUGUGCGAACCAAAAGCGUCCACAAGAAACCGAAAAAGCAGGUCAAAGCAAAACCACGACAGCGCGCACAAAAACUCGACCUCAAAACUUUCUUCGACAUAUAG